AUGACGCAGGAACCCGCUGACUCCCUUUCCGCCGCCAGCCCCUAUAACUAUGAACAGCCCCUUCCCCCCGUGGCUCGGACCAAUGCCUUCACCCAGGUCGCCCCUGCCAAGAAGAUAACAUUUUACAAGAGCGGGGACCCUCAGUUUGGAGGGGUCAAGAUGGCCAUCAACCAGCGCAGCUUCAAGAGCUUCAACGCCCUGAUGGACGACCUCUCCCACAGGGUCCCGCUGCCUUUCGGGGUGAGGACCAUCACGACGCCGCGAGGGAUACACUGCAUCAGCACCCUGGACCAGCUGGAGGACGGAGGGUGUUACCUGUGCUCCGAUAAGAAAUACGUCACACCCAUCAGUAUUGGUCCCGCCAGCCGGAGAGCAGCUCCUCAGAAGGUCGGCCAGCCGGCCAGCGCGUUGCGUAGGGCGGCCCAAGAGAUCAAGCGCGAAGACCACUCGGCCGCUUUUGCCCAGCAGAGUCCGCGGAUACCCAAGAAAGUCACUCUGGUUAAGAACGGGGAUGUGGGCACCAGGCGGCCGAUAAUCCUCAACCGCAGGAACGCGCGGAGCUUCAAGACUCUCUUGGACGAGAUUUCGGAGAUCAUGCAGUUCACGGUGAAGAAGCUGUACACGUUGGACGGGAAGAGGGUGAGUCUUUGUGGCGCAGAGGGUGGGACUGAGGAUAAACCCCAGAUUGCCGUGAGGCCCAGAUAACAAUAAGAGCAAGAGAUCUGAAAAGACUGUCUGGCAGAGGCUUAGGCUCAGGACCGGUGGAAGUACCGUAUUUUUUGCUCUAUAAGACUCACUUUUUCCCUCCUAAAAAGUAAGGGGAAAUGUGUGUGCGUCUUACGGAGCAAAUGCAGGCUGCGCAGCUAUCCCAGAAGCCAGAACAGCAAGAGGGAUUGCUGCUUUCACUGUGCAGCGAUCCCUCUUGCUGUUCUGGCUUCUGAGAUUCAGAAUAUUAUUUUUUCUUGUUUUCCUCCUCCAAAAACUAGGUGCGUCUUGUGGUCUGGUGCAUCUUAUAGAAAGAAAAAUACGGUAAGCUUGAAAGGUUAGAGGCAAAAACCUAAAGCUAUACUUUGGGGACCAGGGUCUUGAAAAGCCAAGCCAGGAGGAACAGUCUUGAAAGUAAAAUUCUCUUAUUUAAUUAAUUGGUGAAAAUACUGAAUCACUCCAUUCUGGAGAAGAGAAUGAUAAUCCCCAGGGGGAGGACUUUUCUGUAGCGAUCAUACAGGGUCCCUGGAUGUUUCACCGUCUAUUGAUCCCUGUGCCACCACUUUAUUUCUCGCUGCCACCACCCAGGCCCUACCUGGGACAAUACUGAGUCCAGUCAGGUUAAGUUGGAACAUAAACUUCUGUUUAUUUAUUGCAGUUUAACAAGCGUGUGGUUUCAUAAACGGUAUCAGUCCAUUACAAUCAUGGGGUGCCUAUCCAGACCUAUAACUUCCGCUACCUGCUCUCACUCACUAAACCACCUCUCAGAUAUUUACUUGUCUUCCUAGCUCCUAACUGUUCCUGACUCAACUUAUUUCGCCACACUCACUCAACCUACCCACAGACUCUAUCCCACUUCACUCCCACUCCAACCAACCACCCAACUCCCAACAAACUCCUCCCAGAGCUGGUUUUAUAGUCCCUCUGACUCCACCCCCCUGGGUUCUGAUAGGGUAACCUGUUUAACUAUUUCACUUCCAGCACACUCUCAUAUGUUAACGUCAUAUGAGAGAGUGGAUGAGUCUUUGUGUCACAGAGCACUUCAUAGAAUAAUAGCCUGACUUGGAUGCUUUGGUCCAAAGCAUGUGUACGCUACACGCUCAAAAGUGCAGGGUGCAAAUUGCGGCAUGAUGGAAGUCCAAGCAGUCCAAGAAAAGCUUGAUGGUUUCUCUACUAGAACCAGGCAGAAGCUGAGCUGAUCGACCAGUGGUUCUCAGAGUGGGUGGUAGUGCUUCCUGGAGGGGGGGGGCAAUGGGAUGGCCGGGGGGAGGGUGCUAAGUUGCAGCAGAGUGGCAGGGAGGUGCUGGAAGUGUAAAUUACCACCAGUUUGAAAAGCUGGUAUCAGUGGAUCAAGUUCUUCCAUUUUGUUGAACUAAUUAAACUGAAUACAGUCAUACCUCGGGUUACAGAUGCUUCAGGUUGCGUUUUUUUGGGUUAAAUGUAAAGGUAAAGGGACCCCUGACCAUUAGGUCCAGUUGUGACCGACUCUGGGGUUGCGCCGCUCAUCUUGCUUUAUUGGCCGAGGGAGCUGGCGUACAGCUUCCGGGUCAUGUGGCCAGCAGGACUAAGCCGCUUCUGGCGAACCAGAGCAGCGCAUGGAAAUGCCGUUUACCUUCCUGCCAGAGUGGUACCUAUUUAUCUACUUGCACAUUGAUGUGCUUUCGAACUGCUAGGUUGGCAGGAGCAGGGACCGAGCAACGGGAGCUCACCCCGUCACAGGGAUUCAAACCGCCAACCUUCUGAUCAGCAAGUCCUAGGCUCUGUGGUUUAGCUCACAGUGCCACCCGCGUCCCUGGUACGGACAGAUUUCGGGUUAUGGACCGCCAAAACCUGGAAGUACUGGAACAGGUUAUUUCCAGGUUUCGGCGGUCACGCAUGUGCAGAAGUGCUAAAUUGCGCUUUGCGCAUGCACAGAAGUGCCAAAUUGCAAACCUGUGCAUGCACAGACGCGCCGCUGUGGGUUGUGAACAUGCAUCCCGCACGGAUCACGUUCGCAAGCCGAGCGUCCACUGUAGUUUAAACUGGAUUUUGAAUAAAUGGGCAAUUAAUGAGCAAUUGAAUUUUGUCUUGCUGCUCUCUUCCUCCCCCUCCCCAAUUUUGUCCUUAAAGCAACUUUGUGAGAUUGAUUAAGGCCAGAGGUUUUCAACCUUUUUGAGUCCUCGGCUCCCUUGACCACUUGCAUUCUUUCUGCGGCCCCCCUGAGGGGCUCAGGGGCCCAGUUGCGGCACCCCUUGCCUGCAGAGCUGGCAGCCUCUCACCCUUUUUCGAACACCCUCCCUGGUGGAGGGUUCCCUCAGCCUCCUCUCCCCUCUUCCUUGGGAGUCUUCUGGGCAGCCGCUGCUGCUGCCCCUGGUCUCUGAGUUACCCCUCCUGACCCAAAGAGAGAUGCCUCCUCAAAUUGCACCACUGAAGCCUGUGACUUGUCUGUCCAUCCCAAAAGCAAGGGCUGGCAGACUGGCUGACUGGGUUCCCACACCUGCUUGCUUGCUUACUCCGAGGCUGCCUCUGUUCCUGGCACCCAGCACUCCCUGACCAGCCCCAGAGGCACCAUUCGCCUGCGGAGCUUGUGGCCAGGGCUGCUGCAACAAACAGCUGUGCAAGCCUUUGGGAGGCAGAGACGCGAGAGGUUCAUCAGAGGAGGGAGGGAAGGAAAAAGGAGCCAGUCACUCAGUAAGCUUUGGACCAAAGUGAGAAUUUGAAUCCAGCUCUCCCCACUCUGAGGUCAUAUUCACACCUUGCAUUUAAAGUGCCGUGAUACCACUUUAAACAUUCAGGGCUUCUCCCAAAGAAUUCUGGGAGCUGUAGUUUGUUAAGGGUACUGCUGAGAAUCAUUAAGGUUCUCCUAUUUCACUCCCAAAGCUACAGUUUCCAGAGUUCCCUGUGAGGAGGUGUUGAUUGUAAAACCUCUCCAUGAAGGGAAUGGGGGACUCCUAGCAUUUCUCAGAAACCUUAAGAAACUACAGCUCCCAUAAUUCUUUGUGGGAAGCCAUGACUAUUUGAAGUGCUUUAAAUGUGCUUAAUCUUUUUUUUAAAAAAUAAUUUUAUAAGCUAUGUAACCUUCUUGCUCAAUUCAGUCUUUUUACAUGGUUUUUAAAAAAUGCAUUGGGAUAUUUUAUUAUUGUAAUUUUGUGGUUGUUUUUAUUGAUUAUAAAUUAAUAACGAUCUAUUGUAAUUGUCGAGAGUGAAUUUCUGUUCAAUUAUGUGUUGAUAUGUUGUGGGUUAAUUUUAUUGGGUAUAUUUUAAUGGAUUACUGGAUAUUACUUCAUUUGAUAAAAGUUGUUUACAUUAAGUCAUAUUUUUAUUACGAUUUAUUCGUAUUGGAUCAGAUUGCUAUAAGAUGAGCGGCGUUUUAUAUUUUGUUGCUUUUUCCGCUUGUGAACUGCCUUGUGCAUAGUAAUAUAGAAAGGCGGUAUAAAAAUUAAAAGUGAAACAAAACGAAAUGGCGUGAAUGUAAACUAAGUCCAUCUUUCACAUGACACUGACGCUUAAAUCAGUUUGUGUCAGAACAGAAGGCCUGGCGUCAAGGUGGCAAGAUUCACAGGGGCAGCAGAUCCUGAGUUAGAUGUUUAUUUCCCCCGUCUUCUUUCCUGGUUGGGAGAGAGCCGCCAUUUUGUGAUUCGAUUCAGGUGCCAAAAUUUCUUGUGCCAGCCCUGCCUGGCAGAUAUGGGACCCAGAAGACAUGGAGGUCAGUGGCUAAACCAGUGGAUACAAUCCUGACCUUCCAUGCCUCUUCUUUCUACAUUUGACAAGAGUCUCUGUGUGUAUUUGGUCCUUCAAGGAGAGCAUACCUUCUUGUUUGCUUCUCAGUUUAUCUCCUCCCCUUUGCUGAGAACGCAACAGGACCCCAAAGACAUCUGGAGACGGGGAAAAUCAAAGGUUCUCCAGAUGGUACUAGAAAACAACUGCCUUUAUGGCGGUCUGUGCCAGCUGAUGGGAGAUGGAGCCAGCAAGAUCUGGAAGGCCACAGCUUCCCUUGUGAUGGGCUUGUCAAUGUGUUCACACGAGCACAGCUUAUAUUGACAUUUACCUUCUACUUUUCAACUCACCUCCUCUUCCUUUCUCCUUCGUCCAGCUUCCCAACUCCUCUCCUGAGCUCACUUCCCAAGAGCCGUUUCCCCCGCAAUCCCAACAGUCACAGAAUCUUGGAAUGUUCCUUUCCGGUGCUUGUAAAAUAGGGAAGACGUAUAGUAAAAGGUCCGUAUAGUAAAAGCUAUGGUUUUCCCAGUAGUGAUGUAUGGAAGUGAGAGCUGGACCAUAAAGAAGGCUGAUCGCCGAAGAAUUGAUGCUUUUGAAUUAUGGUGCUGGAGGAGACUCUUGAGAGUCCCAUGGACUGCAAGAAGAUCAAACCUCUCCAUUCUGAAGGAAAUCAGCCCUGAGUGCUCACUGGAAGGACAGAUCCUGAAGCUGAGGCUCCAAUACUUUGGCCACCUCAUGAGAAGAGAAGACUCCCUGGAAAAGACCCUGAUGUUGGGAGAGAUGGAGGGCACAAGGAGAAGGGGAUGACAGAGAACGAGAUGGUUGGAUAGUGUUCUUGAAGCUACCAGCAUGAGUUUGACCAAACUGCGGGAGGCAGUGGAAGACGGGAGUGCCUGGCGUGCUCUGGUCCAUGGGGCCAUGAAGAGUCGAACACGACCAAACGACUAAACAACAAAGGGCCUAUUUAUCUCUUUGCUCGGUUGAGUAGUAAAUCUCAGUGGGUCACAGAAUUGACCCAUAGAAUUGUAGAGACGGAAGGGACCCCAAGAGUAUCUAGUUUUCCCAGAUGUUGACUCAGAAUCGCCUUUCUUGUAAUUAAAAUCCAUUAAUUCGUUUCCUACUCAAAGUAUCAGCAUACCCAUCACCCUCAACUGCUCCUCAUGAGGCUUGGUUUCCAGACCCUUGAUCAUCUUGGUUGUCCUCAUUUGUACAUGUUCCAGCUUGUCAUAGAAUUAUUGUCAAUAUCCUUCUUAAUCUGCAGUGCCCAGAAGUGGACACAUUAUUCCAGGUGUGGUCUAACCAGGGCAGAAUAGAGCAGUAUCAUAAUCUGGACACUAGACCUCUGUUGAUGCAGCCUAGAAUAUCACUUUUUUUCCUCCUCUUCCUCCUCCUCCUCCUCCUCCUUCUUCUUCUUCUUCCUCUUCCUCUUCCUCUUCCUCUUCUCUUUGGCAAUCACUUGUAGCCACACUAUUUUGACUGCAUUAACACAGAAUUUGACAAUGAAAACCAUUUCCAGAUCUGGCUAAUAUCAGCUGCUUGCACUCUGCUUUGGUAUAUGGCUGAAGGAGUCGAAUGCCCCAAAUGGCUGGUUUACAGCUAUAAAAUCAAAACAGAAUUAAAAUAGAAAAUAACAUAAAAACAUUAUUAUUAUUAUUAUUACCCCACCCAUAUGGCUGGGUUUCUCCAGCUCCCAACAGAAUAAUAAUAAUAAUAAUAAUAAUAAUAAUAAUAAUAAUAAUUAAAGUGAUACCCUUUUCGGUGCCUGCUAAAAACAUUCUUGUUUAGAGAAGGCUACCCAGAUGUUUAGAAAGUUGAUGCAAGUUAUAAUCUGUUUUAUCUAUUGUUAUUUAAACUUUUUGAACAUUUGAAAUGAUUGUUGUUGAUUUUUCUGACUAUUGUUUUAUCUUUUUUUAAAAGUCCUUUGAGGGUUGUUGGCUUUUUUACAAUCAGUUUAUAGAUCAGGGACAUCCAACAGGUCGAUCGCAAUCUUCCCUUCCCUUAGCGGCGUUAAAAUUGAAUACGGUCCCGCUCCCCCAAAAAACGGGGGUAAAUCACUGCCAGUUUUUAAUUCUGUAAGUAGAUCGCAGUCUCUUGGGAGUUGGCCACCCCUGAAAUAGAUAGAUAGAUAGGCAGACAGACAAUAAAAUAAACAGUUAAAACUGUUUUAAUACAAUUACAUCAACAAGUUCUGGAGAAUUGCUUGCCUAGACUGGUAUCUAACUUCAGCGGCCGAGGGAAUGCCAAUGUUGAUGGAGCCUCUUGUAUUCCAGCAGCAAGGACUUUUCAGUGUUUCCCCUAACGUAAUGUCGUUUUGUACAUCAUUUUCACGAACGCCUGCAUUUUCAUGCAUGGUUCAGGGUGGAAAACCUCAGCACAACAUCUGUAUAAGUGCCAGUUUUGAAGGACAGAUGUUCUUUGGUUUGCUUAUGGAUCCCUAAUGGCAAUGGCGCCCACCUGACACGUGCCAGAACAGAGUUCCAGCUGGGGGGGAAAGUCCUCCCCUCGCCAUUUGCAAAUGGUAGAUGGUGAGCUGAGAACUGAGGGAAAGAGCAAUGGCUUGCCGAGGCCCUACACAACAAUAUGCUGGCAAAGAUAAGCUUUGAAUGAGGAUUUUCUGCUUUGUAGCUCAGGGGCAAAUCAGGUGUACCGUGGUACCUCAGUUUUCGAACAUCUCCAUUGACGAAUGUUUUGGUUUUCAAACGCUGUUAACCCAGAAGUAAAUGCUUCGGCUUUCGAACACUUUUCGGAAGUCGAACGUGCCACGCGGCUUCCAUAUUGAGUUUUCCAUAAGUGAAUGCUUCCAGAAGUAAAUGCUUUGGUUUUCAAACCUUUCGGAACUCAAACGGUCUUCCAGAAGAGAUUACGUUUGAAAACCGAGGUACCACUGUAUUUAUUUUUAGUACUUCUUCCUGGUAGCCAGGGAAUGUGCAGAAAGUAUGCUAUGGCACAGAGAUAGCAUUUACAUUCAUUGUUCCACCAACUUAUUAUUAUUAUUAUGAUGAUUGAUUGAUUGAUUGAUUGAUUGAUUGAUUUCAUUGCAUUUGUAUCCCACCCUUUUCAUUUAAUCCCCUCAACAACCCUCCGAGAGAGGCUGGGCAGAGAGGCAAUGAUUGACCUUAAAUACCCCAGUGGGUUUCAUAGCCAAAUGGAGAUUUGAACCCCAGCCUCCCAGGUCCUACUCGGACACUCUAACCACUAACACUAAACUGGCUCUCUUUUGCUUCUGGCCCUGCUCGCCACUGUGAUGUGGCCCCAGAUGGAUGUCUGGCCCUCAGGAGGGCAAGUUUUUUCUCCUCGCCCCAGAUAUACAAAAUAUCCAGAGUGACAUAAUAAUAACAAUAACAACAACAAUAAUAAAUUUUAUUUAUACCCCGCCCUCCCCAGCCAAGACCGGGCUCAGGGCGGCUGACACCAGGUAUAAAAACAAUUGAUUGAAACACAACUUAAAAACAAGAUUAAAAUACAACAUUGAAAUAUUAAAAUACAGCCUCAUUUCAAUGGAAACUCAAAUCAGAAACUUUGGUGGGGAUGAAAACGUCAAGUCUUCACCAAGGCUAACUAUCCAGACUGGUCCUACGUGGACAAGAAAAAAAGCCAGAAAAAGGUCCCCAAAUAGGAGUUUCAUCACAGAUGGAGAAAGGAAAAAGGAAAGAGGGGGAGGGGAUCAAGUUGAUUCCAAGCCAAAGGCCAGGCAGAACAACUCUGUCUUACAGGCCCUGAGGAAAGAAAUCAGAUCCUGCAGGGCCCUGGUCUCAUGAGACAGAGCGUUCCACCAGGCGGGAGCCAGUGUUGAAAAGGCCCUGGCUCUGGUUGAGGCUAAUCUGACUUACUUAGGGCCAGGGACCACUAGGGUGUUGCUAUUUAUGGACCUUAAGGUCCUCCGUGGGGCAUAAUCAAUAACCAAUCCAUAAAAGCCUCUGAAAUAGGAGGGGAAUUGGACUUGGGACUGUAAGAAAGCUAGUAAUAGAAUAAGAUAAACAGAGAAUUGUAGAAUUGGGAGGGAUCCCAAGGGUCAAUGCAGGAAUUGCAACUACAGUGGUACCUUGGUUCUCAAACUUAAUCCGUUCUGGAAGUCCGUUCCAAAACCAAAGCAUUCCAAAACCAAAGCACGCUUUCCCAUAGAAAGUAAUCUGUUCCAGACUUUUAAAAACAACCCCUAAAACAGCAAUUUAACAUGAAUUUUACUAUCUAACGAGACCAUUGAUGCAUAAAAUGAAAGCAGUAAACAAUGUACAGUGGUACCUCGGGUUAAAUACGCUUCAGGUUACAUACGCUUCAGGUUACAGACGCUUCAGGUUACAGACUCCGCUAUCCCAGAAAUAGUACCUCUGGUUAAGAACUUUGCUUCAGGAUGAGAACAGAAAUUGUGUUCCGGCGGCGCAGCAGCAGCAGAAGGCCCCAUUAGCUAAAGUGGUGUUUCAGGUUAAGAACAGUUUCAGGUUAAGAACGGACCUCCGGAACGAAUUAAGUACUUAACCCGAGGUACCAGUGUACUGCAGUUGCACAAUCAAUCAAUCAGUAGCUGAACUAGGCUCCACACAGUCGCUAAAACAAAACAAAAAAGAGCUGCAAAAACAAAAAUGCAAAAUAAAUAGCAAAAGCAGACCAAUCUCAGCGUAACACUCAAAACCGAACUGUGGCACUCAAAACGGAAGCGUGGCACUCAAAACGGAGCAUGUUUGGCUUCCGAAAAAUAUUCGCAAACCGGAACACUUACUUCUGGGUUUGCAGUGUUUGGAUUCCAAGUUGUUUGAGUACCAAGGCGUUUGAGAACCAAGAUACCACUGUAAUCCUUUCCUUUCUCUGUGAUGUUUGGGAAUUUAAACCCCCUUGGAGUUAUCCCAAGUGGGAUAGCUCACUCAGGGCUGUGGAUUUGAGCCCCAUAUCGGGCAAAAAGAUUCCUGCAUCUCAUGGGGUUGGACUUGUAGUCCUUUCCACUUCCACAUUUCUAUGAUUCUAUGAUUAGCCUGAGAACAGGUGGGUGGGGAAGGCAGUUCUCAGUUAUGCUGGGCAACAUUAUGGCAGAAGACCCAUGACUUUGAGACUUUGACCAUGGGAACUUCAGGCUCCUUGUUGGGGUUCCUCUGUGAGGCCUGGGCUUCCCAUCUGCUAGUAGGCCAGAUUCAGGGUUCCUAAGCUAGUGUGCAAAACCCUAAACAAUUCGGGACACCUCGUGCUGAAAUUUUUAUCAGGUUUCCAUAACUUUAACCAAUUAAUUUCAAGUUUCUUAUACAUUUCUCUUAUGAUUUGAUUUCUGACCUUUCCUUCUAUGCUGUUUGUAAACCCAUCCCUUUUACAUACUGCAUAAUACAGUCAAACCUCGGGUUACAGACGCUUCAGUUUGCAUUUUUUCAGGUUACGGACCCGCUGAAACCCAGAAGUACUGGAACGGGUUACUUCCGGGUGUUGGGGGUCAACCAUGCGCAGAAGUGCUAAAUCGUGCUUUGCGCAUGUGCAGAAGUGCCAAAUCUCAACCCGCAUAUGCGCAGACGCGUCGCUGCGGGUUGCGAACAUGCCUCCUGCAUGGAUCACGUUCACAACCCAAGCGUCCACUGUAUCACCUGUUUAAUCUAAUACACCGUCCUCUAUUUCAUAUAUUAUCAUUUUCUUCCCGUUGCUCAGAUUUCAAAUGCUGCCCGCAAUUUCCUCUUAGCACAUUUCCUUCCUCUUAGCACAUUUCUCCCUUGCGUCCUGAGUUUGAGUGUCUUCAAAGCCUAUGACACCUUUGGUAGAGGCUGUUCUCCAACUGGAGCGCUCACAGGCCAGCGUUUCCCAGUUGUCAGUGUUUAUACUACAUUUUUAAAGAUUUGCCUUGAGAGAGUUUUGAACCUCUCUUGUUGACCACCAGCAUUGCGCUUUCCAUUUUUAAGUUCAGAAUAGAGUAGUUGCUUUGGAAGAUGAUCACCUGCACAACAUGACCAGUCCAACCAAGUUGAUGUUGAAGAACCAUUGCUUCGACAUUGAAGAAGAGUUUGGAUUUGAUAUCCCGCUUUAUCACUACCCGAAGGAGUCUCAAAGCAGCUAACAUUCUCCUUUCCCUUCUUCCCCCACAACAAACACUCUGUGAGGUGAGUGGGGCUGAGAGACUUCAGAGAAGUGUGACUGGCCCAAGGUCACCCAGCAGCUGCAUGUGGAGGAGCGGAGACGCGAACCCGGUUCCCCAGAUUACAAGUCUAACGCUCUUAACCACUACACCACACUGGCUCUCUCAUUGAUGAUCUUUGCUUCUUCCAGUACACUGGCAUUAGCUCACCUGUCUUCCCAAGUGAUGUGUAAGAUAAGUCCAGUUUUGACGUCUGCUGUGCUUGCCUCCCCUCCAGAUUGACAACAUGCAAGCUCUGCUGCACUGCCCCAAUGUCCUCGUCUGUGUGGGGAGAGAGCCCUUCAAACCUAUCGUGGUGGAAAACCCCCGGAAGCCCUCCUCAGAGAAGCUGCCCGGUCUACCUUCACAGUCCAACAGCAGAGGCAACGUUGGAGAAAACCACGAAAGUAAGAAAGAGGGCAGGGGGCUGGAUUUGGGUUGGUGGUUUGGAAGCAGUUUGUUCUUUUUCUGGAAAACGUAUUGAUCACCCACCCCAUCCAAAGGUCUCAGGGUGGGGUGACAAAAUCUGGGUGGCCUUCCUGGAUCAGAAGGAGGAUCCAUGUAGGUCUGAAUUCAGACUGCAGACAGCGGCCACUCAGAUGGCUUGGGAAACGCUUGGUUAUAUUCCAGCAUCUGGCAAGCCAAGGUACACUGUGCCUGACCAUGGAGGUUCCAUUUAACUUAUCCUGGCUGAAAUGAAUUCCGUUUGUUUACAUGCUAACGUGAUAUCAGGAAGAGCAGUGGAGAGAAAUACAUUGCCAAUAUCCGCCACUUUAGAGAAAAUAAUUUAAACAAAAAAUACUGUAUGCACAGAGCUAUCAACAUUUAUUUUUAUAAUGAAUUUUUAGUUUAUACUACUAGCAUGUUGGGCAACGUAAAAGGGUGAUACCAAUCUGGUUCAAACACAAUUAAGGAUUUAACGAAUGGACAAAAUGUAGCCAAGUUAUUUGAUGAGACCACAAGUGUUAUGGGUGGCAAACCAGCCCGCCUAUUUCAGUAUUUUGGGAUCAGGGAAGCUGUAUUCUGCUCAUGAAGAAAGCAUGAAAAUAUACAGGGAGAUAGCAAAUGUGAGGUGCUAUUUAAAUUAACAACCAGCAGACAAAUUAAUGCAGCAGUUUGACUUCACCCCCGGAGGCAUAUUCCAUUGUCUCGUGAGACAGACAGGUGCCAGCAACAAUAUUUUGGGGGCUGGAAGAUAAAGAAGUUGCCAUUGUAAGGAAUUGGGGGAAGGACUGGCAAUGGAUGGGGCCAAACCACUAUCAAACCUGAUAGAAAAAUACCUUAAAUCACAGUUCAUUCAUUGAUUGGUUUAUUUAUAUAUCGCUUCUUUCCACGAGGGCCCCCAAAGAGGUGAAUGGAUGAGUACAAAAUAAAAUGCAUUAAAACUACAAGAACGGACGUGAGUGGCGCUGUGGGUAAAACCUCAGUGCCUAGGACUUGCUGAUCGUAAGGUCGGCCGUUCGAAUCCCCGUGGCGGGGUGAGCUCCCGUUGCUCGGUCCCUGCUCCUGCCCACCUAGCAGUUCGAAAGCACCAUUAAGUGCAAGUAGAUAAAUAGGAACCACUUUCUAGCGGGAAGAUAAACUGCGUUUCCGUGUGCAGCGCUGGUGCUGGCUCGCCAGUUGCAGCUUCGUCACGCUGGCCACGUGACCUGGAAGUGUCUUCGGACGGCACCGGCUCCCGGCCUCUUAAGCGAGAUGAGCGCACAACCCUAGAGUUGGUCACAACUGGCCCGUACGGGCAGGGGUACCUUUACCUUUUACCUUGUACAAGAACGCAAUAUGUAUACCUGAAGCAGCGUCUCCACCCCCAUUGUUCUGCCCAAACACUGAGGUCCAGCUCCGAGGGCCUUCUGGCAGUUCCCUCACUGCGAGAAGUGAGGUUACAGGGAACCAGGCAGAGGGCCUUCUCAGUGGUGGCACCCACCCUGUGGAAUGCCCUCCCAUCAGAUGUGAAGGAAAUGUUUAUUUCCUUCACAUCUGAUGGGAAGGCAUUCCACAGGGCGGGUGCCACUACCGAGAAGGCCCUCUGCCUGACUUUUAGGAGACAUACCUGACUUUUAGGAGACAUCUGAAGGCAACUCUGUUUAGGGAAGUUUAGGUCUUUCAGUUUUUCUCGAUGGGCAGGUGCCAGGGGGCUCAACCUCCUGGUCUUCCAACAGGCCACUGUUCUGCAGGUUCAGUAAAGAAGGGAUGGGGAAGCGGAAGUUGGCACAAGUACCUCCACCUGUUUAAAAAGGACUUCCUGUUCAUCUCCUCCGUGGAAUUUGCUGCCAAGGAGUGUGGUGGAGUCUCCUUCUUUGGAGGUCUUUAAGCAGAGGCUUGACAACCAUAUGUCAGGAGUGCUCUGAUGGUGUUUCCUGCUUGGCAGGGGGUUGGACUCGAUGGCCCUUGUGGUCUCUUCCAACUCUAUGAUUCUAUGAUUCUAUGAUUCUAUUCUAUGAUUCCUCCUCAAAUCUGCUUUGGAGGCUUAAGGGAACAAUUCAGUAACAGUGGUAAUUAACACAACAGAGACUAAAUCAAUUGCAUUCAACAUUGAGCAGAUUUUAGACCUAUAUUUUGGUCAUGCUCGAUCUCUGAAGCACAUGGGAUUUUUUUUAUAUAUAUAUAUAUAUAUAUAUAUAUAUAAUUAUUAUUAUAUUUUAUUACCAGCAGAAUUACUAAUACUGGGUUGUUUGAAGCAUUUAGUCCUGGAAACAGAUUGAGAAGAACUGGUAAAUCUGCUUCCUGCUGCCAAAAAUAAAAAGUACCAUACUUUCCCAUGUAUAAGACUAGGGGUUUUUUUACGUUAAAAUAAUGGAGAAAAAUUGGGGUCAUCUUAUACACGGGGCAAUCUCUCCCCCCCCCCAUUUUCUUAAUUUUGAGCCCCCAAAAAUAAGGGGCGUCUUAUACACAGGGGCGUGUUAUACAUGGAAAAAUACGGUAUUUCAAAAAAUGGGGGGGGGGGAUAAUGUUCCAAUGCAAGAAGAAUGGUUUAUUUUUUUAAAAAAUGGUUUAUUUUUUAAAAAAUGGAUUAAUAAAGCACGAGAGAACAUUAACAUACUGCGAAAUAUACAGAUGUGCUUUAUUUGUUAUAUUUUGGAGCAGUAAGUAUCAGGACCGUAUAAUGAAUUAUACGUAUAAUGAAUUGCAGGGUUGGCCCAGAGGGGCAUUUAAUCCAAACCCCUGCAAUGCAGGAAUCACAGCUAAAUAAUAAUAAUUUUUAUGGCAAUUCUGUAGCUCAGAUGGGAACUUGGGGGAAUGUUUAAAGCAGGGAGGCUGCAUUAAACAGUGGUUUUGCCGAGCACAUUAGGAAGCAGCCUGCCUCCUCCUCUAAAUGUUGCUUGAGUGGUGUUGAAAGGGCUGGCUGUUUCAAAGAGCCCUUUUGCAAAGGGCCUCCCCCUGCUCCCACUUGAGGCUCUUGUGUCAGGAGGGGAGGGGCUGCCUUAAAAGCCCUUUGCAAACAGCCAUAGGGCUUUGAAGAUGUUGCAGAUUCCUAAGUGCCAGACAGGUCAUAAAACAGCAGCAGCAGCAGCAACCUCUGUACCUUGGCUUUUAACACCUGAGGCAUAUGUUUUAAGGACCCACCUUAUAUUUAUGCUGUGGGUUGUUUUGAUUUGUUUUUGAUGUUGUUUUGAUGUUGUAAGCCACCUUGGGACCUUAUGGCAAAGGGCAGGUAAUUAUUAUUAUUAUUAUUAAUAAUAAUAAUAAUUUAUACCCCGCCCAUCUGGCUGGGUUUCCCCAGCUACUCUGGGCAGCUUCCAACAAAGUAUUAAAAUACAGUGGUCUGUUAAACAUUAAAAGCUUCCCUAAACAGGGCUGCCUUCAGAUGUCUUCUAAAAGUCUGGUAGUUGUUCUUCUCUUUGAUAUCUGGUGGGAGGGCGUUCCACAGGGCGGGGGCCACUACCAAGAAGGCCCUCUGCCUGGUUCCCUGUAACUUGGCUUCUCGCAGUGAGGGAACCACCAGAAGGCCCUCGGUGCUGGACCUCAGUGUUCGGGUAGAACAAUGGGGGUGGACAUGCUCCUUCAGGUAUACAGGACCGAGGCCGUUUAGGGCUUGAAAGGUCAGCACCAACACUUUAAAUUGUGCUUGGAAACGUACUGGGAGCCAAUAAUAAUAACAAUAUCACUGAGCUCCCAGUUUACUGUUCUAAGUGUCGCUGUAUGCUUGGCAUAAUUCCUUACAAUUUCCCUUUUUGUGUUUCCUCAACACCCCCAUCUCCUUCAAACUCCAGUGAACUUUGGACUGAAAGCCAAGAAGAGUGUGAUCCACCCGCGGUCAGCCUUGAGCAAUCGCUCCGCGAGAUUCUCUUUGUCGUCGGAAAAAUCCUAUCCAAACGGCCUCGUGACAUCGCCGGAGAAUGGCGCCCCCUGCUUGAGCCACUGCCCGCACUCCAAAGCGGGCAACCUGGUUCAUUCCUUGGUCAACGAUGACAUCGAGAAGAGGGUGCACGUGAACAAAGAUGGCAGCCUGUCCGUUGAGAUGAAAGUCCGCUUCCGCCUGCUCAACGACGAGACGCUCCAGUGGUCCACACAUAUCCAGAAGUCCAGUCUGAGGGGCAAGGUGUCCUGUGAAGAGAUGGGCAUAGACGAAGACAAUGGAACUGACCCCGCAGAGAAAGAGAACCCAGAGGUCAGCUCCGAGGUGGACGACUCAUUAUACCCCUGCGAUGCCGAUUCUUACAUCUCGAACCUUGACGUGUCCGAAAAUGAGGAGGCGUGUUGCCACAAUUGUGGCAAGCCAUGCAAAGAGUAUGACAUUUGGAAGAACCCCAUGCAUGCUUCCCAGAAAGAGGAGCCAUGGGUCAAGAACACUUGGUACACCCACUCUUCUUGCUCAAGCACGUCGUCCCACCGUAGGGUCGUCCGCAAGAAGACGGCCUCUGUUGAGAGCAGCCGCACCUCGUCCAGCGGAGAAGAAUAUUCCAAGCAUGUCGUACAGGAAUCCUCUUGCUACUCGGAGACUGUAGAGAACAGGGUAGAAUACCGUGCGGUGCAAAAAUGCCGUUGUCGACACGGCCAGAGCAAUACGAGCAAAAGGGGGUCACCUGUGGAAAUGCAUUCCGCAGCUUGCUUAGCCAAUUCCCAAAAUGAGGACAAUUCCACGGCGACCGCAGAAGGAACGGAGGGCAACAGCAGCAGGGCGGGGAGCAGCGGGUCGAAAUCGUCUCACUGUUCCGCGGAAAGCCAGAUCAAAGUGUGCGAGGAGAGCAGCAGCGUGGUGAGGACCAUCUCAUCCCGAAGCAUCAAGGCGAGGGAAGAGGUUGAACUGGAAGAGGCCAGCUGCCCGUCCUCUCCAAAGAGCGCCUACAGCCAAUCCAUUCAGCGGACAACACCUGAGACAAGGGACGACCCAGAUGAGCCUUCAGAAGACGCUCAGCCAAUCUCUUCGUUCUCCGUGGAGGAAGAGGCGGACAAGGAACAAGAGGAGACGAGCGAAGUUCAUUCCGCCUUGGAAAAUGUGGCGUCCAACCAAUCGGUCAGGGAUGACGUCAGCGAGUGCGGGAGGUGCUCCACAGAACGGUCCUUCCGUUCCAAAGCUUGCGAUGGGAAUAGCCAGAGAGAAGACAGCAACGAAACGCAGGUGUGCAGUGCAGCAGCUUCCUCUUCCUCCAGGAGGAGCAAGCACAGCCACAGUCACCAAGAGGCAGACGCCAAAGUCUCCAGGGUGUCCACCAUCAAGAAAAAGAGGACAAAAAGGUCUCUGCAUGCAGAAGAUGCACGGUCGAGCAGCAGGGCCUCUUGCUACUCCAAAAGCUCCCCAGAGAUGGAAGGAAGAGAGGGAGAAUGCCAUGCAUCUCACGACUCAAGCUCUCCUCGUUCCAACGUGUCGUCCUUAAGCGAAGCAGCGGCACCUCCCGCCGGCAACGUGGAGAGUGAAAGUAGCUCUUCCGGGCAUUGCAGCCAGUCCUCCAAGAGCAUCCAGGAGGGCGGCCAGCCAGAUUCCUCCAGCAAGGAAUCAUCUCCUGGCUCCAGUUUCUCCAAUUCCAAUGGGAAAAAUGGAACCGACAAGGCAUCAAGGCCGGGGAGCGUGUUCGAAUCCACGUGCUCCAAAUGCGGCUGCACGGCAGCAACGAGAAACAAGGGCCUUGGGAGCAUCCAGUCGAUUGUGUCUUCCCGUUCGGAGAGUAAAUGCACAGAGACAGAGGCGUCAGGGAGGAGCGAGCAUGCUGGCUCGCAGUCGAGCGUGGCGCAGCCCUCGAAGCCGAGGAAGAAGAAAAGCAGCCUCCAUUCCAACGCGGAACGCUCUAGUCAAGCUUUGGCGUCGGAGUCUGCGUCCAUGUACAGUUUGCACUGCCCAGCUCCCCCGAAAGGGAGGCCGAGUGGCAAAAAAAGUCGGUCUGCGGUGCUGAAGAAGAAAUCGAACAACGCCAGCGCCACUGCGAGCAAGGAGGAAGAGGAAGCAGCCCAUUCGCAGCCCACUGAAAUGGAGGAGGAGAACGGGCCAGGGGAUCCUUCUGAAGCGCUGCAAAAAGAGGCAGGAGAGGCUGAGGUGGAAGGCGAUGAGGACAUCAUCCCUUCUUCUCUUCCCAACGCCUCUCCAGAAGAAGUCGUGCACGAGUGGUUGAGGAAGAUUCCCUCAGAGACUCUGCUGAUGAAAUGUGAGAUGCAGGAUGACGGAGAUGGCACAGAACUGGAUGCUGAAAUGCCCAGUUGCUCAAACAACCAGGAAUCGUUGGGAGAGGAGUCAGAAGGAAAAAAAGAAGAGGAGGAGGAAGAAGAAGAAGAAGAAGUGGCAGCCGAGGAGGCAGCUGAGGAGGGGGCCGUUGAGGAUCUCAAUGACGAGGCAGCUUCCAAAGCGGUGUCAGAAGAGGCUAAGGCAGGCCAAGCAGAAUGCAACCACUCUGUCAUCUCCAGCCAGAACAACCACAAAAAGGACUUGCCCAGCACCAUCCAGACCUCUGUGCAGAUCAUGAAGGCGCUCUUGGCUUCCAAGCAAGAAGCCAAGCUGGACCGUUCACACAGCUUGCCCGAAGUCUCCCCUACGAUGGGCAGAAAGCUCAGCAACUCGGCAAACAUUCUGAUCACGUGCCUGGCUAGCUUGCAGAUCCUUGACGAAGAGCUGGACCCCUCAAGCAAGUCCAGCAAGUGCCUGAACAGGCCAAGGUACACUGAGCUCUUGAACAUCUUCCAGGCUCUCUGGUUUGGGUGCGCGUCAGAGAAAGGGGGCACGAGCUCAGGCCUCCAAGGAGAGGCCCCUGAAAAAGUGCCCUCUACUUUCAAGGACCGUAAAGAUGGCGACUUCACACCCUUGUCCUCUUCUGGAGUGGAUGUGAGCAGUGGCGAUGGAGGCUCAGGAGAGGGGAGCGUUGCUGGUGCCCGAGACUGUGCCUUGUCGCCAGAGAAAACGAACGGAGCCAAACCCACCAAAGAAGAGGUGAAAGAGGAGGCAGAGGAAGAGGGAGGCUGUAGUGAGGAAGAGGAAGAGGAGCAUUCCCAGCCUUGCUUAAAAUCUGAAGGAGAAGAAAAGGCAGCCUCUACCGGAGGAGAGGACGUGACAGAAACCAAUGAGAACCAGGGCAGUGACGUUGGCGAGGAGGAGGAGGGAGAUAAAGAAGUUGUUGGAGAAGAAGAAAUGGAAGAUAUUGAGGUGGAGCAGGCAGAAGCUGAUGAGGCUGAUGCAGACCCUGUUGAGCAGACCCAAGAGGACCCCGCCAUCCAGGAAGUAGAAGAGAGUCCCAGUCAAGAGAACGCUGAUGAAGCUGAUGAAGAGCCAAGCAACAAUCAAGAGAAUGGUGCUGAAGCGGCUGAAGAGCCAAGCGAUGACCAAGAGAAUGUUGAAGCAGCUGAAGAGCCAAGCGAUGAUCAAGAGAAUGUUGAAGAGGCUGAAGAGCCAAGCGAUGAUCAAGAGAAUGUUGAAGCGGCUGAAGAGCCAAGCGAUGAUCAAGAGAAUGUUGAAGAGGCUGAAGAGCCAAGCAAUGACCAAGAGAAUGUUGAAGUGGCUGAAGAGCCAAGCGAUGAUCAAGAGAAUGUUGAAGCGGCUGAAGAGCCAAGCGAUGAUCAAGAGAAUGUUGAAGAGGCUGAAGAGCCAAGCGAUGACCAAGAGAAUGUUGAAGCGGCUGAAGAGCCAAGCGAUGAUCAAGAGAAUGUUGAAGUGGCUGAAGAGCCAAGCGAUGACCAAGAGAAUGUUGAAGUGGCUGAAGAGCCAAGCGAUGAUCAAGAGAAUCUUGAUGAAGUGGCUGAAGAGCCAAGCGAUGAUCAAGAGAAUGUUGAAGUUGUGGAAGAGCCAAGCGACGAUCAAGAGAAUGUUGAAGCGGCUGAAGAGCCAAGCGAUGAUCAAGAGAAUGUUGAAGAAGCUGAAGAGCCAAGCAACAACCAAGAGAAUGCUGAAGAGCCAAGCAACAGUCAAGCUGAACCCGAUCCAAACACAAAUAAGAGCGAACCCCAAGAGAGUGUCGAAAAACAGCUGGUGGAUGAGUCAGAAGCUGAUACAGUCUCCAGCAACAUAGUUUCUCGCCAACCCACAGCAAAAGCUUCCCUCGUCACCCCACAGAAAUCUAUCGACCCCGACCCGGUUUGGGUGCUAAAGCUUUUGAAGAAGAUCGAGAAGGAAUUCAUGGCUCACUAUGUCAGCGCCAUGAAUGAUUUCAAGGUGAAGUGGAACUUGCCAAAUAGUGAGGAGUUGGACUUGAUGAUUGCACAGCUGAAAGAGGAAGUGAGUCGGAGGAUCCAAAAGAGCAUUGAGAAAGAGUUAGGGAAAAUCAGAAGCAGGGCGGGCAAGAUGGUCCCGAGGCCUCCGGACGAGCAGCUGCGCCGCGAUUCUUCCAUCCUGCAAGUGGAAAACCGAAGGCGCCGUUUGCAGAGCAUUCACAAAAUGUCCCUCUACAAUGACCGCAGCAAGCCGCGCGAGACAAGGGAAUUAGAUGAGGAAUUAGAUUUUUUCAGUACGACCAUCAGAGAUGAUAUAAGUGACCCCCCUGGGGAAGAGGAGUACUGCCCUUGCGAUGCCUGCUUCCAGAAGAAAAUGGAGGCCAAAGCCCUGUGGUCACGAGGGCCGGUGGUGGCAGCCAAUGCCCCCAUUGUGAAGGCCUUUGACCUACAGCAAAUCUUGAGGAUGCAGAGAGGCAAGGCAGAAGAAGACAUUGCAGAAGAGGAAGCAGAAGGGGAGGCCAAUGAAGCUGAGGCAGAGCAGGAAGUGUUGGCUGAUGUGGAAGAAGUAGAGCAGGAAGUGACCGAAGGUGAAGCAGUAGAAGCCCCAGCAGAUGGAGAGGAAGAAAAUCAGAACUGUGAGGAAGCUGAGGGGGAGGAAACUGUGAACGAAGAAGUAGGCGAGGAAGCACAAGAAGAAGCAAUGGAGGAAGGAGGAGAGGGAGAGGAGGAAGUAGGAGAAAAGGGGGAAGAGGAAGUAGAAGAGGAAGCAGAAGAAGAAACGGGAGAGGAAGUAGAAGAAAAGGGGGAGGAGGAAGAGGAAGAAGAAGAAGAAAAGGGGGAGGAAGUAGAAGAAAAUGAGGAAGUAGAAGAAAAGGGGGAGGAGGAAGAGGAAGUAGAUGAGGAAAAGGAGGAGGAAGCAGAAGAAGAAAACGGGGAGGAAGUAGAAGAAAAGGGGGAGGAAGAAGAAGAAGUAGAAGAAGAAAAGGGAGAGGAAGUAGAAGAAAAGGGGGAGGAGGAAGCAGAGGAAAAAGGGGAGGAGGAAGAGGAAGUAGAUGAAGAAAAGGAGGAGGAAGCAGCAGAAGAAAAGGGGGAGGAGGAAGCAGAGGAAAAGGAAGAAGUAGAAGAAAAGGAGGAGCAAGCAGAAGAAGAAAAGGGAACAGAAGUAGAAGAAAAUGAGGAGGAAGUAGAAGAAAAGGGAGAGGAGGAAGAGGAAGUAGAAGAAAAGGGGGAGGAGGAAGAAGAAGAAAACGGGGAGGAAGUAGAAGAAAAGGAGGAGGAAGGGGAAGGAGAAGGGGAAGGAGAAAAGGAAGGAGAGGGAAGGGAAGAGGAAGAAGGGGGAGAGGAAGUGGAAGCAGAGGAACAAGAGGAGGGAAAGGAGGUUGCAAUGGAAGAAGAAGAUGAGGAAGUGGGAGCCAAAAGUGAAGGAGAGGGGGAAAUGAAUGAGGAAGAAGAGGCAGUAGACGAAGAAGAAGAAGAAGCUGCAGAGGAACCUAAAACGGAAGAUGAAACUGAUGGUGCGGCAGCCGAUCCAGAGGCAGCUGAAGGAGAUAACAAACCUGAAUGUGCAGCAAAUGUUGACGAUGGCGAGGUCUCUGAGGCACCAGCAGAAGCGGAGGAACAGCCUCCGGCAGACGGUGCAGAAGAGGAUGAGGGCGAUGCCAAGCCAGAGACAGAAGUGGAAGAAGCAGGAGAAAACGAAGCAGAGGCGAAUGGCGAGGAAGCAGAGGCAGCCGAGGGCAGCGAACCUGUGCAGGAUGGUGGCAGUGAAGACCCCAGAGAAACGGAAGAAGGAGCCACCGAGGGGGCAGAGACCCAGAGAAAAAGUUCUGCCUUCUCCUCUAUGGGGAAUUGUUCCCAGCAAUCACAGAAAGGGUCUGAGGAGGGGAGUGGCGAAGAAGAAGAAGACUGUAAGGAAUUGGAGGACGGUGGUGGUGGUGGUGGUGGUGAGGAUGGAGAGGCAGAAGGCGACACAGAGGCCAAACCCGCAAAGAUGUACCCAGAUAGUGAAGAAGAGGAGGAGGAAGAGGAAGAGGGAGAGGAAGAAGAAGACCAGGCAUCCCCUCAGGCAAAGAAGAAACCCAAAACUGGCAAGAGCAAAGGCGGAAGCAGCCCAGUCCCUAAAAAGGAGGCGAGCUCAGAGGCGAUUGAUCAAGACGACCUGGACUUCUAG